AAGAUGGUGGACGAGUGUCAGAAAUUUUCUAUAAUGAGGAUGAAUAAGAUAAAAUUCUAGUAGUCUGUAUGAUGUAUUUAAUUGUCUUUUAGAUUUUGACUUACUUAUACAUCAGACCAGUAUGCAGGCUGAAGAUGCGCGGUUUCUGAAGAGGAAAGUGAAGGGGGGAAACAUUGAUGUCCAUCCCACGGAAAAAGCCCUGGUUGUCCACUAUGAACUAGAAGCAACAAUACUUGGGGAGUUAGGUGACCCAAUGCUGGGAGAGAGAAAAGAAUGCCAGAAAAUAAUAAGAGUAAAAACACUGAACCAGAACACUAACAUUGCGGCUCUGGCUAGAGAGAUCAUAGACAAGUGUAAGCUGAUCCACCCCAGUAAACUACCAGAGGUAGAACAACUGCUGUACUAUCUUCAGAAGAGGAAGGACUCUCCACCACCUGGAAAAGGGAAUGAGAAGAAGACGUUAUCAGAGAAGCCUCUAGACCAACAGACCUUUGAAGGCACAGAAAUAGAUGAGACAGCCAACCUCAAUGAUGUAGAUGAAUACCUAGAACUCCUGUAUGAGGAUUUGCCAGAGAAGUUACGAGGAUCAGCUCUCUUUCUGCAGUUAGCCAGGAACCCAGACAACUUGGAAGAGAUUUUCCAGAAUGAAACUGUGGUAGGCGCUUUAGCCAGAGUACUCCGUGAAGACUGGCAGAAGAGUUCCGAGCUGGCGACCAACAUCAUCUACAUCUUCUUCUGUUUCUCCUCAUUCUCCCAGUUUCAUGGAGUCAUCUCACAUUUCAAAAUCGGUGCUCGCACCAUGGGGAUCAUUGAGCAUGAGCUGAAGAAGUACGAGCUGUGGAAACAGGAGUUGGAUAAAAAGAGGAAGGCUGCAGAAGCAGACAAAAACAGUGAGAAGGCCAAAGCUGACUAUGAGAAGAGUGAGAAGAAAUUUAAAGGUCUUUUAGCUAAACAGGAGCAGUUACUAAGAGUGUCCUUCUACCUGUUGCUGAACCUGUCAGAAGACACCAGUGUGGAGAAGAAGAUGAGGAACAAAGGCAUUGUAAUCAUGCUGGUCAAGUGUCUGGAGAGGGACAACUUUGAACUGCUCAUACUAGUUGUCUCAUUUCUCAAGAAACUCAGUAUAUUUGUGGAAAAUAAAAAUGAAAUGGCGGAGGCCGGGAUAGUGGAGAGGCUGUCACGCCUGGUCCCCUGUGAACACGAGGACCUCCUCAACAUCACCCUGCGGCUGCUGCUGAACCUCUCCUUUGACCAGGAACAGAGGGGGAAGAUGGUCAAAGUGGGCCUGCUGCCCAAAUUUGUGGGCUUGUUAGGUAAUGAGAACCACAAGCUGAUAGUGCUGUGUAUUCUGUACCACCUCAGUCUGGAUGACAAGUGUAAAUCUCUCUUUACUUACACAGAUUGCAUUCCUAUUGUGAUGAAGAUGAUUCUGGAGAGCCCAGGAGACCGCGUGGACCUGGAGCUGAUAGCACUGGGAAUCAAUCUGGCUGCCAACAAACGCAAUGCUCAGAUGAUCUGUGAGGGUCAGGGCCUCAAACUGCUGCUGAAGAGGGCUUACAAGUUCAAAGACCCACUUCUGAUGAAGAUGAUUAGGAAUAUCUCUCAACAUGAUGGCCAGACUAAGGAGCUUUUUAUUGACUAUGUGAGUGACUUGGCUAAUGCUAUACAGAAGAUAGAGGAUGAGGAGUUUGUCAUCGAGUGUGUAGGGAUUCUGGGUAAUGUGACCUUCCCAGACUUGGACUACGAACUCCUUUUAAAAGAAUAUCAGCUUGUGCCAUGGAUACAGACUAAAAUGCAACCUGGUGCUGCGGAGGAUGACAUGGUCCUGGAGAUUGUCAUCCUGCUGGGAACAGUGUGCUGUGAUGACAACUGUGCCAAAAUGUUAGCAGACAAUGGGAUCAUACAGAAUCUCAUAGAACUCCUCAAUGCCAAACAAGAGGAUGAUGAGGUGGUUUGCCAGAUCAUCUAUGUCUUCUAUCAGAUGAUAUUCCAUGAGGCUACCAGAGAGAUCAUCAUUAAGCAAACACAGGCUCCAGCUUAUCUGAUAGACUUGAUGCAUGACAAGAACCCAGAGAUCAGGAAAGUCUGUGACCAGACACUGGAUAUCAUAGGGUAUUGUAUUCUACUGUUUGUUGCAGACGGCUUUGACCCUACCCUGGAUGGUAAUGUAACCCCAGAGUACAUGGAUGAGCAGGGAUACAUGAUGGGUGGAGUGCCAUAUGGAAUGAGAGUCAGUGAUGAAUACGAGUCUUAUGCGCGACCAGAUGCCCAUCCUGGUUUCUUCAUGGACGGUCAGACAGUGGAUGAAUAUGGCGCCCCCAUUGAUGACUACGGAACUGUCAUGGUAGACCAGUAUGGCCGCCCAUUGGUUGAUGAUUAUGGUCGUCCUAUCCCACCUGAAUACAUCAACGGCAUGAAUGGAAACGCAGAGCCAGAUUCUUACAUGCAGUAUGGGGGAUACAGAUAGUAGAAAUGAAAGUCUGACUUUUCUGGAAAUCUGGAUAUUUGGGUGGUUUAUUUAUUCCACAAGACCCAUCAUAUGGAGCUGCCAAACCCUCAGCACUUGUAUUUUCAGGAUUUU